UCACAUGCUGGCGAACACUUUUCCUGGUCACGCCUCAUUAGGAAUCUCUGACGAGGCUUGUUUUCUGUGCAUCACGCCUCGUCAGGAAUCUCUGACGAGGCUUGUUUUUUGUGCAUGUUCGCCAUCUUAGAUGGUGAACAUGCCACGCAGCAGAAUUGUUCGCCACUUAAAGUGGCGAACAAUUCUUUACGCCAGGCUGGCGGCCACGGGAACCGUUCUUGGCGGCCACGGGAGCAGAUUGCACUGCUCCCGUGGCUUGAAAGUGCCGAACAAGUUCAGCAAAGGAGAGUUCGACACCCCUUCGACACCCCUUGUUCAGCAAAUUCCAUCGGCAGUCAGCCUGUCGAACAGGGUCCGUUGACACACAGAAUCCGAAAAUAUUUUCGAAUCCUGCGUGUUUUUUAAAAUAUUUCUCCAUUUUUGCAUGAUUUGAAAAAUUGCUGAUGGAAUUGAUGCAAUAACUCUGGCAGCCAUCAACGACAGCAAAGUGGCGGUGGCAACUAUCCGUCAGAAAUCAAGCUUCACUGACAUUCGUGUAGAAGCACAGUAUCGACAUAUUGAGAUUUUUGAUUUAGCUUCAUCCAAACAACCUGUAAAAAUCACUCAAAUAACGAGACCAAAGGCCGAUCAUUUCAACCCCUUCGUGGUAGAUGGUGGGAAGCGCAUAGGUUACCAUCGUUGCAAAAGCGAAGCUCUCAAGGUAUUUACUAACAAACAAAUGAGUUCCCUCUGAGUUUGAGAAAUUAUUAAGAUUGUUAAUUGCGCAGCAUGGAGACGAUAUCGAAAGAAAUUUUCACAAGCUCCAGUCUCCAGUCUCCGCAACGAGAUGUAGGACUCUUUAGAGUGUCGGGUGUAUUUCCAACAUUUUCCAAGGAUGGCUCCAAGCUUGCAUUCGUUGAUAAUGAGUUCAAAGCUGUGUGGGUAGCUGAUAAACAAGGAUUGCGCAUAGUCUACGAGACAAAAGGCCAUGAUCACCACAUCUUCUCACCUGUAUGGAAUCAAGAUCCACAAAAAGAUAUAUUGUAUGUAUGCGUGGGACCUUCUUUCAAUGCUGGCGAAAUAUUGGAUAUUUGUGCCAUUCCUAAUGUGUCUAGCGGUGCACGACAGCGUCGAAAGCUCACCAAUGGAUUCAACAAUGCCUUCCCUUCUACUAGUCCAGACGGGAAGAAGUUAGUUUUUCGAUCUACAAGAGAUGGAGGAAAUAAGAAAUACAAGAAUCUAUACAUAAUAGAGGAUGCAGAAGUGGGAGAAUAUGGGAAUGGCAAAAUAACCAGGCUAACAAAUGGGCCUUGGACUGAUACACAUUGUCAAUGGUCUCCAACAAAUGAUUGGAUAGUGUUCUCAUCAACCCGUGAUAAGCCUAAAGAUGCACCAGAAACCGAUAACGGACUUGACCCAGGAUACUUUGCAGUCUUUCUAGUGAAGGCGAAUGAUCCAUCAGUUGUGAUAAGAGUGAUAAGAAGUGGAGAUGAUCUUGCAGAGCAUGUAAAUCAUCCAUUCUUUAGUCCGGAUGGAAAGAGCAUUGCAGUAACUGCAAAUGAUUGCAUAGUAUUCUGUCGAUCCAAUUUCUUUACCUCUUUUCUUGCAUUCUGUGAGACCAUAUGGAGAUAUCUUCACUGUUGAUAUAGAUCCAAAUAAUAUAAAUAAAAACAAGGAUGUGAAGAAGUUCAAUCGCAUCACCCAUAGCAAAUAUGAGAAUUCCACUCCUAGUUGGACUAUGUUUGCAACUGCGGAUCCGAAUAUUACAUGGAACUUGCUUUUAAGGGAUCGCUACACCCCUUUAUGCCCUUAUGCAUAUCCUGAUGGAGGUGAAAGCUGGCAUAUGACUGGUCAUCUUUGCAUCCCAAAAAGAUGUUGUUGAUUGCUUUUAUGUCCUAUGUAUUGUUUUCAUAUAGUAUAUGUUUUUAUUACUAUUCUAAUAAUUGUCGACCUACAUUUACAAAACUACAUACUUGUUUUAUACAUGAUUUGUUGUAUUUAAAUAAAGUUUAUGAAUUGCUCUCGAAUAUUUCCAUUAUGGGUUGAUUCUAUCAUACUCUAAUUACUAUUCUAAUAAUUGGACAUUGAUACCUUUGUUGGUAACUUUUAGCAAUAGCUUUAGAAUGUCAUCACUA